UCGGCGCACGGCUUAAAGAAGAAGCAGCGGCAGCACCUCCUUAAAUGUUUAUUAUUUUUUGAUUCCAAGCAAAAAUCACGGAUCAUGGAUAUCGGCGAACUGCUGGCUUUCAAGCCGGAACAAACGCCCAAAAGGCCGCACGAGGAUGAAGACGACGAUUUCGAGGUGGAACCUUCACAGAAACGAAGCGGCGAUGAGAAAACCAAACGCAUGCGGCGCAUUGCAGAGGCCAAGGAGUCUGCCAACUAUGGCAAGCAAGCUGGAGGCUCUUCAGCAUCAGGAGGUGGUUCCGCAUUCGAAUUCGAUCCGGAACUAACAGAGGAGGAGCGGCUGAACAUCCUCAAGUAUGUGGAAAACGAGGAAGCCGAUGGAGAUGUCUUGGAUGAACAGAGUCUCAAGAAGUUGAUCCUUGUUUUCGAAAAGCGAAACCUAAAGAACCAGGAAAUGCGAAUUAAGUUCGCCGACAGCCCCGACAAGUUUAUGGAAUCGGAAGUGGAGCUGCACAACGUUAUUCAAGAGCUAAAGGGCGUGGCCACGGUCCCGGACUUGUAUCCCCUUCUCGUGGAACUUCACGGCUUGCACAGUUUACUGGAAUUACUGGCGCAUCAGAACACAGACAUUGCGGUGGCUGUGGUGGAUCUGCUUCAGGAAGUCACCGAUGUGGAUAUUCUGGGCGAGAGUCAAGAAGGAGCUGAAGCCUUAAUAGAUGCCUUGCGAAAGGAGCAAAUUUGUGCUCUACUGGUCCAGAACCUGGAGCGUUUGAAUGAAAAGGUCAAGGAGGAAGCUGAUGGCGUUCACAAUACCCUGGCUAUUGUGGAGAAUCUGACGGAAAUCGAUUCUGAGUUUGUGGGAGAAGCUGCGGAACAAGGACUUCUAGCCUGGAUACUAAAACGUCUGCGCGGCAAAUCGCCCUUCGAUCCCAACAAGCUCUAUUGCAGCGAAAUACUUUCCAUUCUCGUCCAAACGGAAAACGAGAACAGAUUACUCCUGGGUUCCCUGGACGGCGUGGAUGUGCUUCUCCAGCAACUGGCCGUUUACAAAAGACACGAUCCCUCCAGCAAUGAGGAGCAGGAAUUUAUGCAGAACCUCUUCAACUGUCUCUGCUCGGCCCUGAUGGCCCGUGAGAAUCGCGACCGCUUCUUGAGCGGCGAAGGCUUGCAGCUAAUGAACCUGAUGUUGCGCGAAAAGAAAAUGUCCCGCAACGGCUCCCUCAAGGUCCUGGAUCAUGCCAUGGCGGGCCAGGAUGGUCGGGACAACUGCAACAAGUUUGUUGAGAUUCUGGGUCUGCGCACCAUCUUUCCCCUGUUCAUGAAAACGCCGAAACGCAACAAGCAGCGUCUGAUCUCCGCCGACGAGCAUGAGGAGCACGUGACCUCCGUAAUUGCCUCCAUGCUGCGCAACUGCAAGGGCACACACCGCCAGCGCCUGUUGGCCAAGUUCACCGAGAAUGACCAUGAGAAGGUGGACCGACUGCUGGAACUUCACCUUAAAUAUCUGGUCAAGGUGGAGGCCAUCGACAAGGAAAUUGAUCAGCAGGCCAAGGAUCCCAGCAUUGAUGAGGACGAGGAGGCGGAGAAUAAUUACAUUAAGCGGUUGACUGGUGGCCUGUUCACGCUCCAGCGCAUCGACUACAUCCUGCUGGAGGUCAGUUCCACCUCGGAGACUGUGAAGCAGCGCGUCCUGCAGAUACUUAACUUGCGUGGCGCCUCCAUGAAGACUAUACGCAGCAUAAUGAGGGAAUAUGCCGGAAACCUGGGCGAUGGCGACACUGACUGGCGGGAACAGGAACAGAACCACAUACUAUCUCUAGUCGAUCGAUUCUAAGACUCCAACAAACACACAAUAAACAAACCAGAGAACUUACAAUCGA